GUGGCAAAGCAAAGCCUCUGUUUGCGCGCGUUGAGAAACCCUAGGCGCGGUGCGCACGGUGUUUCUCCCUCUGCGCAUUUUAGCGUCAGAGUGCAGAGCCCUCUCAUCUGCUCCCUCUUUCUGCAACUCUUACUUUCGAAAGUUUGCCGAAUUUUUUAUUUUAUUCGUAGAGAGGAAGAAGAGAACUAUGGGAAGCACCUUUCAUUCUCCGCCAGCAAAGCGUUCCGCACCCGACCCGAACCCGUUUCCUCCAAAUGGGCCCUCCAAGCGCUCCAGGUCGUCCAGGCCUCCGCCGCCUCCGCUUUCCGUGCCGCCCGGGCACGCCUCUUUCCGCCUUCUCUGCAACGCCUCCCGAAUCGGUGGCGUUAUCGGCAAGUCCGGUUCCAUCAUAAAAAAACUCCAGCAAUCGACCGGCGCCAAGAUCCGAAUCGAGGACGCGUCGCCGGAGUCGCCGGACCGUAUCAUCCUGGUCAUUGCUGACGCUGCCGUCAGCGGCAAGGUUCUGCUGAGAAAGGAUGAGGCCGUUGAGGUUUCGAAGGCGCAGGAAGCGCUGUUGUUGGUGUUCGAUAGGAUCCUCGAUGUGGCAGCGGAAACGGAGGGUGUCGACGUCGGCGACAUGAUGAUGUCUUGCCGGCUUGUGGCUGACGCGGCGCAAGCCGGCUCCGUCAUCGGCAAGGGUGGGAGAGUGGUGGAGAGGAUCAAGAAGAACACUGGAUGUAAAAUUAGGGUUUUAACUGAUGAUUUGCCGCUUUGUGCCUCCUCUUCGGAUGAAAUCAUUGAGAUAGAAGGCAGAGUCUCAUCGGUAAAGAAGGCACUUGUUGCGGUCUCCCAACGUCUUCAAGAUUGUCCUCCUGUUGAUAGAACAAAGAUAAAGGGAAGCAAUCCUUAUGAAAUGGUUCAGUAUGAAGCCACAGAUGCACUUUCUCGUGAGACUUUAACUGCAGUUACUGCAGUACCACAUGAGACUAUAGAUCGUCUUCCCCUGAGGAGCCCUGCGCUGUCUACUUUGUCCAGUUACUCUAACAGCUAUGGCACCAGAUUUCACUCAUUGCCAGCGGAAGUUAACAGAGUUUCCUCCCUGGAACCAAAGGCACUUCAGCAGGAAAUCACCUUUAGAAUACUUUGUUCAAAUGAUAGAGUUGGAGGAGUUAUUGGAAAGGGAGGCAAUAUUGUUAGAGCUCUUCAGAGUGAGACUGGGGCUACAAUAAGUAUUGGUCCUUCAGUAGAUGGGUGUGAGGAUCGAAUAAUUACGAUUACUGCUUCCGAGAAUCCUGAGUCAAGAUAUUCCCCAGCACAAAAGGCUACUGUGCUUGUUUACUCCAGGUCCAUUGAAUCUGGUUUUGAGAAUGGGCUAGACUCUGGAUUAAGUAACAGGUCAAUUGUUACUGCUCGUCUUGUAGUCCCGUCAAGCCAAGUUGGUUGUUUGUUAGGAAAAGGUGGAGUAAUAAUAUCAGAAAUGCGGAAGGCUACUGGUGCUAGCAUAAGAAUAAUUGGGACUGAUCAGGUGCCAAAAUGUGCAUCAGAUAAUGAUCAAGUUGUACAGAUAUCAGGCGACUUUUCAAGUGUGCAAGAUGCUUUAUAUAAUGCAACCGGUAGACUGCGAGAUAAUCUUUUUGCCAGCACUCAGAAUAGUGCUGGAACAAGGAGCCUUUCUUCUCUACGUGUUGAUAACAGCCCCUAUGGGAGACUGCAGGAUGUUGUUCCUCUUGGAAGCCAACUACCCGCAGCCACUUCCCAUAGUCUUAGUAGACAUACUUUUUCUCAUGGCAUUGAUCAUCCUGCUCUUUCUAGAAGUUUAGAUCGUCCUUCUUCCCCAGGCUUUUGGUCUAGAAAUUUAGACCGUCCUUCUUCACCAGGGCUGUGGUCUAGAAAUUUAGACCGACCUUCUUCACCAGGGCUGUGGGCUAGAAAUUUAGAUCGUCCUUCUUCACCAGGGUUAUGGACGCCACCGACAAUGACUGGGAUAAAUUCAAGAGGAGUUAAUGAUUUUAAUUGGGGAUUGACAUCUCGUAGAGGAGGCUUAGAACUUGUCAGUGGAAGUAAACCUGCCAUUGUGACUAAUACGACAGUAGAAAUUGUGGUUCCUGAUGAGACUAUUGAUUCUGUAUACGGAGAAAAUGGUAGCAAUUUGGCUCGUCUGAGACAGAUAUCGGGAGCGAAGGUGGUUGUCCAUGAACCUCGUCCUGGAACAAGAGACAGGAUUAUUAUCAUAUCUGGUUCACCUGAUGAAACCAAAGCAGCGCAGAGCCUUCUCCGAGCAUUUAUUCUUAGUGGCUCAUCAUGACAAAUCUUGUAAUAUCCAGCAGUCUUGUAUGAUUUAUUCAAUCUCAAAAACAGUCACCAACUAUUUUUGGUUAGUGACGUUGUAGUGUAGUGUAGUGUAGCUAUUUAACAUCAAUCAAUUACUUGAUUCUUUAGUGCAUACCAAAGCAACAGUAAGCAGCAUUUUAAGAUUUCAUCUGAUUAGUAUGUCUACUACCAGAUGUCUUCUUUCAA